AUGUCAGCUUCCGAGAAUAGCUCUUCACAUCCUGAUUCCUUCUUCCUGCUUGGGAUCCCAGGACUGGAGAAUUCUCAGUUUUGGAUUGGCUUUCUCUUCUGUGCCAUGUAUAUUGUGGCUGUAGUGGGCAAUAUCACUGUCAUUCACAUAAUUCGAGUUGACCACACCCUGCAUGAACCCAUGUACCUCUUUCUGGCCAAGCUGGCUUUCACUGACCUGGGCCUGACUGUGUCUACAAUGUCAACAACCUUAGCUGUCCUCUGGUUUGAUGCAAGAGAAAUCAGUCUAGAUUCCUGCAUUAUACAGAUGUUUUUUCUUCAUGGAUUUACUGUCACAGAAUCUGGAGUGCUGGUGACCAUGGCCAUUGACCGCUAUGUGGCGAUCUGUAACCCCCUCAGGUACACUACCAUCCUCACCAAGUCCAGAAUCACCCAUAUGGGUCUUUUAAUGACUAUACGUUCCAUAGUAUUAAUAGGGUUAAUGCUCUUACUCCUUCAGCGUCUCUCUUUUUGUAAGAUGAAUGUUCUUUCCCAUUCAUAUUGCUACCAUCCAGAUCUGAUUAAAUUUUCAUGCUCUGAUACUCGGGCCAACAACAUUUGUGGAUUAAUUGUUCUCAUCCUGACCACAGGGCUAGAUGCACCAUGCAUUGUACUGUCUUAUAUCUUGAUCAUUCGCUCUGUUCUCAGUAUUGCCUCCCCUGAAGAACGACACAAGACCUUUAGCACCUGUGUCUCCCACAUUGGGGCAGUUGCUACUUUCUACAUCCCCAUGAUAAGUCUGUCCUUGGUGCAUCGUUAUGCUCGUUCAGCCCCCAGAGUGGUCCAUUCAAUGAUGGCCAAUAUAUACCUGCUUUUUCCUCCAGUGCUUAACCCCAUUAUCUAUAGUGUAAAGACCAAACAAAUUCGCAACACCAUACUCAGGCUACUCCAUAAGAUGUAA